GUCCCAACUUCCUGCCACUGCCACUGCCAGUGCUACCGCUCGGGUUGCGCCUAACAAAGUGCUUUUGUUCUAGAUACUUGCAAGACAGCCUCGAAGGUCUUCAGUCCUUCAUCUCAGGCCAUCUACACAGAAUGGAAAAAACAAACCAGGAACUCACGCAGGAAUUCUACGUCCACUUCAAUGCAGCGCAUUCUGGUCUGCUGCUUUGUGUCAGCCUGCACGACUUUCCCUAAAUUGCAGUCUCGACAGAACUCGCAUCACGGAUGAGCGGUCUCAGUGCGGGUAGCGCAGAUUCGAAAGCUGUGCAGCAGUUAUCGACUGACUUCGCAAAGCUGAGGAAGGAACUGACCGAUGCGACGAACUUUUUGCCCCCUUACAAUCAGAGGCAAUGUGAACUCCAAUUGAAAGAAGUUGAAGGUUCUCUAGAGAAGCUGAGGACGGCCGCUGCCCCCAAACCGAAGUUCGCCUUCAAGCGCAAAGCGGUUCCCUCCGUACAGUCGCCUUUACCAACCGCUUCGCCCGCCUCGAGGGAUGCUCCCGAAAAGGCGGUAGUCGUAACUUCCAGCAACGCAACACCGUCUACUGGGGUAACGAUAUCUGGUCGCAGCCACGAGUUUAUCGACCUCUCGUCUCUCCCGCCUUCGGUCUCCGCUACAGACCUCAUCAUCUCUGAUCUGGAUCAUUGCGUGUUGUAUAUGCUCCCCAGGCCUGGGCUUGAAGACGACACUGCACGCGACGUCAGAAUCACAGCUCUUCAUGCUCGUAAUGUCAGGAAUAGCGUGUUGAUCAUGCCCAUGAUCGAGGGUAGCGCGCUGCUCCACGACGUAUCGCAAUGUGUGCUCGCGCUCGGCUGCCACCAGUAUCGUAUGCACACCUCGACGCAAACGGAUGUUUACAUCUCCCUCGCAUCUAACCCCGUCAUCGAGCACUGCAAAGAGAUACGCUUCGCAAACUAUCCUCGGUUCCUCCAAAGGGCUGGCGAUGAGUAUCCAAGUACUCUGACGGUCCAAGAUUUCUCCCACAUUCGACCUACUCCCUCGCCGAACUGGUCCAUCCUCCCUGAGGAUGCCGUGUCACCCGAAGAGCAUUGGCCAAAGCCUGGCGUCGCGGACAAUAUCGAUGUCGAUCUUGUUCUUCAACGACUGCUGCCGUCAAGUCGAGGAUAGCUCGCAAGCGCACUACGUUGUGGGCGGAAGGACCAGGUGCUCGGCAUGGAGUUCAUUUUGAACUACAUACAAUAGGUGAGUCGCUGCAAGUGUCGUUGAUUGCCACUAAUCCCAUAGCUUUGGUAUGAGACUGGAAUUAGUGUCCCGGCGUGAUGGACUAGGGACCCAAGACUGAUGGUGGUAUCUAAUGAAUGUUGCAGAGCUCCAUGAAUACUUGGACAUACAUAUUGAACCAUGUGAUCUCAAG